GUUUUUUUUAAUGCUUUUGAUAGACAUGGGUACCAGGCGUCUUACUUGCAGCUUAAGCUGAAUCCUAAUUGCAGCAAGGAAAAAUGAAAACAUGGGGCUCUGUUACCCCGCAUCGCAACGGGAACACCGCCACGAACUAUCACACCAACGCUGACUCCAUACGAAACUUGAGAACAAGAUCACUCGAACCAUGGAAUUUGCAGGUACAGUGCCGACGCCGGACAGUCCUGAGUGAACAGCUAAUCGUCGUCGAUCGCUCAGGUUUAGGUAUUGCCGUCGUAGGGCUUGCCGGCCAGCUUGUCAAAGCGAGCGUGGAAGGCUACAACCUUCUGUCAACCAUACAAUCGUUCGGCCGGGAAUAUGCGGAUCUUAGCCAUCGAAUCGAUACCGAAAAGCGCUGGCUAGAGAAGUGGGCCGACGUCUGGGUGCUUGAGAGUAAUCGCAAGAUCGAUCCUAGCCACUGCGACUUCCGAUUCGCCGUAUCUACCCUAGCGCGAAUUUCGGCAGUAUUUCUUGAGCUCCUCGAAUACAGUUCGAAGUACGGCUUGCAGUACGACCGCCAAAGGAAACGCGAUAGUGUACGGCAGCUCUUCCGUCUACCAUCUCGGACGAGCCCCAUUCCGUCACAUCGCCCGACGGACGGCCCUGGAACCCAGACCGGACUGGACCAGGACAGUAUCAAACUUCUUACGAAUCCAACUCUUUUAAGUUUGGGUCGGAUAAUGCCAGGGCUUGAGGAUGAAGUGAAGGAUUUGAAACGCAGCGCGGAACGCUUGCAGAAGACGCUGCCAACUAUGAAGAAACUACAAUGGUCUUUGCUUGGUAGAAAUAGGGUUGAAGAUUUGAUCGGACAGUUGAAAGAAUACAACGAAAGUCUACAAAGGAUACUCCCUGUCGGGCCGCAACCAAGGGAUCUAUCACACAGACGGAAAGAAUCCGCCACACCUUCUUUCGCAGUGAACCCAAUCCUUCCGUUCCACCGCGACCGUAUGUUCUGCGGUAGGGCCGACAUCAUCGACACUAUACACGCUUUCCUCAAUGAAGGCGCAUCUGCGGAUGCCCGGCAGAUGGCCCGCGGAAGUGUGGUGCUAUAUGGUCUCGGCGGUAUCGGCAAGUCUUCCAUUGCACUGGAAUAUUCGUUCCGAUACUCGGAUUCAUACACGACGGUAUUCUGGAUUGAUGUCACCAACGGGGCGUCAUUAUCCCAAAGUGCACGAGGAAUUGUGGAGCAUAUUGUCGCCGCGUAUGCGGAGCGGGGGUCCUCAUAUGAGCAUAUCGCCUCGAUGUUGGGACUGAGAGGCUUUCUGGGUCUGGAUGGCGAGGUUUCUUCCGAAGCGGCGGCAGGACAGGUGACUGGGGCACUGAAGAAGUGGCUAGCCACAAAAGGAAAUGAAAAUUGGCUACUCAUUUUGGAUAAUUACGACGACGUCGAUGCGGUUGACAUUCACCUCGUCCUACCAACUUGCGAUACCGGCAAUGUGAUUAUUACGUCACGGAAGAGCGAUCUGAAAAUGUUGGGAAUACCAGUAGCCGUCGAUGACAUCGACAAAUAUUCGGGCAUGGAGCUGUUCAUGAAGAGCGCGAACAUAGACGAUGUGAAGGCGGAAGGCAAGCACCAGAAGCUUGAUAUCGCGAACCAGAUAGCUGUAAAGCUGGGAUUCCUGCCACUUGCCUUAACUCAGGCGGGUUCAUACAUCUCGUACACGCAGAUUCCGCUUCAGCGAUACUUGGCUCUGUUGGACGGAGCAUUUCGAACGUUUGCACAAAAAGGGGGUCCCGAGUGGUUAUCAGAUCAACGGAACUCGAACCGAACCAUCUUUACGACGUGGGAGAUUUCAUUUGCCUCGCUUUCACACCCAGCCCAGGAACUUUUAUUGCUAUGUGGGUUUCUAGCACAUGCAGAUAUUCCGGAUAAGCUAUUUGAGGGGUGUCAACUACUGUUCGAUUGGGCAGGAGAGGGAGAAGAGUGGCUUCUGGAGUCACGCGCGGAGCUUUUCCGUAUCUCCCUGGCAAGACGGAAUGGGUCAAGGGAUGCCUUUUGGAUACAUCCGGUUGUGCACUUAUGGGCUCGAGAACGGCUGGACGCUCGGUCACAGCAGACGAAGGCCCAAGAGGCCCUUAUUCUUUGUGGUCGAAUAUCCAAAGACUACAACGCAAAAUCGCGGCAGGAUUGGGACUUCGAAAGGCGAGUAUGGUCGCACAUGGAUACGGUCCGACGGAGCAUAAUUCGUACAGAGCCAACGACUCCAAUCAUGGUAAACGCAGCAUUGGUGUUUUACUCCGCCGCACAAUUGGGACGAAUCUAUGCCAGUCACAGACUUGACAAGCCAGUAGCGAAUCUGUUCGAGUGGUCCUUAGCAGGUCAGGAAGAACUACUAGGAAAGGAUCAUCCUGACACUCUCAGCACCGUCAACUACAUGGCCGACGUGUUCAGUUACCAAAGCGAGUACGACAAAGCCCUGGAGUGGUACCAGCGGGCCCUCGACGGCAGGGAGAAAUCGCUGGGAAACGACCACCCUGACACUCUCACCACUGUCGACAACAUGGCCGGGGUGUUCAGAUCCCAAGGCCAGUACGAGAAAGCCCUGGAGUGGCGCCAGCGGGCCCUUGUUGGCAGGGAGAAGUCGCUAGGAAAGGACCACCCUGACACUCUCAACAUCGUCAACAACAUAGCCGACGUGUUCAGUUCCCAAGGCCAGUACGACAAAGCCCUGGAGUGGAAUCAGCGAGCCCACGAUGGCUAUGAGAAAUUGCUGGGAAAAGACCACCCUGCCACUCUCACCACCGUCCACAACAUCGCCCACAUUUUCACUUCGCAAUGCGAGUACGACAAAGCCCAGGAGUGGUACCAGCGGGCCCUCGAUGGCUAUGAGAAAUCGCUGGGAAAGGAACACCCUAUCACUCUCACCACCGUCAACAGCAUCGCCGGGGUGUUCAGUUUCCAAGGCCAGUACGAAAAAGCCCUAGAGUGGAACCAGCGGGCCCUUGUUGGCAGAGAGAAAUCACAAGGAAAGAACCACCGUAACACUCUCACCACCGUCAACGACAUAGCUAGCGUGUUCGGUUCCCAAGGGGAAUACGACAAAGCUCUGGUGUGGUACCAGCGGGCCCUUGAUGGCUAUGAGAAGUCGCUGGGAAAGGACCACCCUGACACUUUCACCAUCGUCAACAACAUGGCCCACAUUUUCACUUCGCAAUGCGAGUACGACAAAUCCCUGGAGUGGUACCAGCGGGCCCUCGACGGCAGGGAGAAAUCGCUAGGAAAUGACCACCCUGACACUCUCACCACUGUCGACAACAUGGCCCAGGUGUUCCGUUUCCAAUACGAGUACGACAAAGCCCUGGAGUGGUGCCAGCGGGCCCUUGUUGGCAGGGAGAAAUCACUAGGAAAGAACCACUGUAACACUCUCAACACCGUCCACAACAUCGCCCACAUUUUCACUUCGCAAUGCGAGUACGACAAAGCCCUGGAGUGGUACCAGCGGACCCUCGAUGGCUAUGAGAAAUCGCUGGGAAAGGACCACCGUGCCACUCUCACCACCAUCCACAACAUCGCCCACAUUUUCACUUCGCAAUGCGAGUACGACAAAGCCCUGGAGUGGUACCAGCGGGCCCUCGAUGGCUAUGAGAAAUUGCUGGGAAAGGAACACCCUAUCACUCUCACCACCGUCAACAGCAUGGCCGGGGUGUUCAGUUCCCAAGGCCAGUACGACAAAGCCCUAGCGUGGAACCAGCGGGCCCUUGUUGGCAGGGAGAAAACGCUAGGAGAGGUCCAUCCUGACACUCUCACCACCGUCAACAACAUCGCCGCCAUGUUCAGUUCCCAAGGCCAGUACGACAAAGCCCUGGAGUUUUUUCAGAGAGCCCUCGAUGGCGGUGAGAAAUCGCAGGGAAAGGACCACCCUGACACUCUCACUAUCGUUGCCAACAUGGCCCAUGUUUUCGGUCUUCAAGGAGAGUACGACAAAGCCCUAGAGUGGUACCAGCGGGCCCUCAAAGGCAGGGAGAAACUCCUCGGAAGGGGCCAUCCUGACACUCUACGGACCGCUCAAGCUGUAGUAGCAUUACUGCCUCAUAUCUACUCUUCCCAGGGGCCGUUAGGAGCAAAGUCCUGACGGUGCCGCAAUUCGGGUAAUCAAUUGGCAGUAGGUCCACAUCUGAGGUCAUAUGCACACGACAAGACGUUAUUAUAGGGCCUGAUGAUAUUGCUUCGGGGUUAGGGAUGGGGCACUGUGCGGUUCGGCGCUGUAGUUUCUUUGGCUGUCUACUAUAUAGUGA